CAUCAGCUGAACUAAUGAGUUUAGUCACAUUGGAAUUUUUGAAUCGAUAUGGGGAACUUUCUUCUAAAAAUACCUUAUAUAUAUUGUGAUAACAAUAAAACACACAUAAUCAAGUCAGGUCAUUAACACAGUAAUACUAGAUAUAGAUCUAAUGUUUUCAUUUCAUUUGUUGUAUUUCAAUUGAUCUGUUUAGAAAAGGGGGUAAACAACCGAUUUUAAGUCUGAAGUAGUUUAAUAUUUAUUUUAACUACUCAUUAUAAAAAGUUAAUACGAACAGACAACUGAAUGGGCCACGGGAGUACUGAAGUGGCGUCACAUGGAACCAUGAUGACAAAUAUACAGAGAAAUCCGACAAUACCUAUGACAAAGAGGGACUCAUUGCUCUCAAAUGGCACGAGAGUCUCGCUGUUAGCCAAUGGCUCAAAUAGCGCAACUCCGAAGAAAUUCGACGAGAAAGACUAUGUGAAUACAAACCCUAAUAUGGUGGCUGGAAAGAAACGGUCGCCAAAGCUAACGAAGGUAAAACGAACGCCUUCGUACAAGAUCGCCACAAACCGCCAGUCAGUCGAUGAUCUUGACGGAAUAGCAGUGGUUAAAGUCAUUACUGACGCUAAACGUGAUACUCGAAGCGUUCGGACCGAGGAUCGGACUAAGUAUAACACUCUUCCAAGAACAGAUACAGUUCUUUCGCAAAAGAAACCUAUUGAAUCUCGGCGUAGGAAGCACGAGACAAACGAAUCGCGCAGCGAAUUCGAAAGGACCGCUUCGCAGAAAUCCGGAACUUAUCCGUCCCCAGACACAGACGAAGAUCAAUGGUCCAUACAGCCGGAUCGUAAAAAGAAAAGUACUUUUAAAAGAAUGAAAGAAAGACUGAUUCUUACUUUUAAAAGAGACAGAGACCAUGAAACAGAGAAGGGUGUGAAAAGUAAGGGUAACAAGUAUAAAUCACCAACUGGUCGAGUUAAACCAAACCAGUCUGCAACUCGUGACGCAUUUAAUACACCAAAUGACGUUAUAGAAAUGAAAGAAGGUAAUAACAAUACCAACCAUAUCACAAAAGGUGAUGCAUUUGUAAGGGACCACAGAAGUGGUGUUACUAAUGGUGGUUUAACGGCAAAUAGUAAUUAUGCGACGCCACAGUCAAACAAAGGCCCUGGUAUCUUCAAGACAAUCAGAAACAGUUUUAGAAGAAAACAGGCGCCAACAAAAAUCAGGAAGGGCAAAGGAUCAGCAGAAACUAGCGGGAAAUAUACGAGUAGUUCUAGUCAGCCUAAUUCUGGUUCUUCUUUAGAACGAGAGGGCGUGUCAGAUAAUAACAAAACCGGUCAAAAGUCACAGCCAAUAGACAUUCACCCAGCGCCAGUGCAUAUGCAAGCGAUUGAAGAGCAAUUCAUUGACGCUGAUGAUUCCAUUACUGAGAUAUUUGGAAGCUUAAUUGACCCCGAAGGCCGCACAUCUAGCUCAGUAACACCAAAUUUCCGUGCAGGGUCAAGGCCGGACACAUCUAAGUUAAGACUUGAGGGCUUGAAAAAGUGUAAGCCGCGGAGUUUUGACAGAACUUCGCCUCGUUCCGAAAGACAUCAAGCACACGGUGCCUUUAUCAGUGACUUGUCUCCAACAGUUGAAAUCGAUGGAUUUGAUUACGCAGAUGCGCCACCUAGUGGAGUAAUUGUUGGAGAGAGCGAUCUCGAGUACGGUGACGUCUGUCAGCACGAGCAACAACGUCGCGUGGAUGACGUCGCCAAACGCCUUGCAGCUAUCGGCGAUAGCAUUGCGAGCAGAAUCGAGUCUGAGAGUGCUGGUUCGUCAGAAGAAUUCAACGGGUUUAGGGUCGGAUCGCAAGACAGAAGACUGUCACAGCUUGAACAAGAGCUGCUGACAGACUUGCGGCGUUUUGGUGACGAAAUCGAUGGUACAUUGUUUGCUCGUGGCAACAAAAUGAAGUUCUCCACUACCAUACUACCGAUUAUAUGUAACAUCGUCCGAGCCCAAGAUUACAGCACUUUUAGGACAGUUAUACAUCGAGAGAUCUCAAACACAGUCGGCUGGGAACAGGUAGCAUGGUACACAUACAUUAUGAAAGCCACAAUGGAUCUCGCCGGCGCCGGCAAAACUAUUGGAACAGUCAUGAAGAAUAAUGCAACCCGAUAUUUCUCCUCUACUAUUAAACCAUGGAUACAGAGUCAACCUAGUGGAUGGGAAUCUAUCCACGAGGAGUCAGACACAGAAUGUGAGGUGGACUGAAAUUGCACUCAUGUAUGAAUUUACUGAACAAACUUUACUUGUGACAUAUACAGUGGGCGUGAAGCGCUGGCGCCGUUGAAUACCCACGGAUAGCUAAUACAAACUAGCUUUAAAUCGACCCCUGCGAAGUUGCGUCAGAGCCGGAAUGGAUAGAGUACAAAGACUGCGCUUGUUUGCUGACAUCAAAGAUUGUCUCAUUUAUGAGAACAGAAGAUUGAAAUUUAUGCAAGAUAAUGAUUUUAAAUAGCAAGUCAAACUAAAAAGUUGUAUGACGCUGAAAUUAUUAUAACAGAUUUAUAUAGCACCAUAUUAAUAAACAAAGCCAGUCACUUAGGGCACUAACUAGUACAGACAAUGAGAAAUUUAGCCAGAGGGACAGAGUAGAAGAGAGAGAGAGAGAACUCGUUGGAUACAGGUCUGUCCGACUAACCUAGCUGAGAAUAGACACGUGCCUAGUGUAGAGAGCCGAUACACGCAAAGUCCUAUUGUCUUGGAAGAAAGGGCACUGGCAUCUUAAUCAAAUAUAGUGAACGUAAUACAUGGUAUCGCAUAAUUCGGCUAUGGAUUGAUAAAAUCACAUUGGUUACCCAACUGAUUGACUUUUGUCAUAUGCAAUUUAUAUGUUUACAAUGUCAGCUCUGGUUGUGAUCUAGAUUUUCACACACAGUCUCGUUGAAGAAAAUGUGUCUUACCGUCUGAACUUCAAGACGUGUGUUAAACUACUUCUCCAUUUGGAAAUUUACAAUUAACAUCUCAGUGUAUAUGAAGUUAACUACAUGAUUAUAGUAUAAAAUGUAUAUUGUAGAUUCGAGAAUAUUACUUAAUCAUAUUGCAAUGUUCCUCAUUUAAUCGUUGAGGUAUAUUUUCAUGAAAUUAGUCGCAGUUAAAUGGCAGACUUCUUCUUGAGUUGUGUUUUGGUGACAACGUUUUUCACUCGACCUUACAGCUUUAAAUAUUUAAAUUUUUUAUUCGUGAAAUAGUUGUAUGCCAUAUAUAGGUACAGAGUACCUUAGCAAACAUGGGGAUCUUUAUCUAAGCUUUUCUCACUUUCGGAGAAUACAACAAUAUAGAGAAAAGCUUUCUUAAAAGGUUCCUAGAAGUUGUAAAGAUCAGAAGGUCAUUAAUAUGUUAGUGCAAUUUUUGUUAAAGGUGCAUGCAUUUUUAUAGGUUCCUAGAACCAUUAUUUUCAAUCAGUUGUAUUUUCAACACAUAUCACUCGUGCAAUGAUCUCUGGAAGUGCAUAUGUUAGUAUGUAUGUGUAAGAUACGUUAAACGUAUGAAAAUGCACAUUAUAGAAUAGAAACAGAAAAUACAAGAGACUGGGGGGAAUUAAUCCUGUCCACAUGUUUAAGAGAAAAAAAGAACUAGUGCAUAUCACUAUGUUAAGACUAUUGAAAUACAAGAUGGCUGUAUUAAAUGGUAAACAGUAUACCUGCAAAUGUAAAAAUGUUGGACUUUUCUAAUUUCACUUAUCUGUGAUUUAUUUUUGUAGUUCUAAUACUUCCGAAUAUAAAUAAAUAUAUUGUGCAAAAUAAAUUUGUAUUUAUUUAUAUUGUCAAGCUUACUGUGUUCAGAACAUUUGCAUAAUUAACUGUGGUACGUGUUAAUUUAUUACUUUGAUUGUGCUACUGUAUGUUUUUAUUACAUUGAUUAAAAUAAAUUUGAUGAAAUUA